AGCAGAGCAGAUGAGAAACCAUGGAGCGCAACAAGACGCGUUGGAGAGACGCACUCAGCGAACAGGAAUUGUGCCAGUUUGUGAUCUGUUUAUAAGUCACUGUCAGUGAGAGUGUGCAGAUUUUGGAACAACAGCAGGUGGACGUAAUUUUUUAUUCCGGUCGUGCGUAAAAUGACUGGAGAGGUCUGACAAAGAAAUUAGACUUGGAGUGAGCAGCAGCUACCAAAGAACGGGAAUAAAGGAGUUGCUGGAGGGAGACACAGAAACCUGCUGGACAUACAUGAUCAGUGGUUUUUCUUAUGACACAUCUGGACAUUUUACCUAAUUUUUUUCUUCCUUUUUUUUUUUUUUAUAGAAAUGUGGCCGGUGUGCGCUGCGUAAAACCUCUGGUUUGUUUUACUGCUGUCGCGCAAUUACAAGGGACUCUUACUUUUCGGAAACUGUGAGCGGAGCUGCGUCUUUUCGGAUAGAGGGGAGCAAAAAAAAAAACAAUCUGAAAGUGAGAGUUGCUCCCUGAACAGUUCGGAAUCAUGGUGAAGUUUCAUAAUUCAGACCUAUGGAUAGCCUGGAUGGUCAUUUUCUGCAUGGAGGGUUCAAGGUUUGAUCUACACACAGGGAAAGUGUGUGUGCGGGCGCUGGACGUCACGGUUUCCCAAAGCAGCAUCCAGGUGGCCCGAGGCCAGGCAGCCGUCCUGCCCUGCUCUUUUACCACCAGCGCUGCCCUCAACAACCUCAACAUCAUCUGGAUGGUGAUACCACUGUCCAACGCAAACCAGCCAGAGCAGGUGAUCAUUUACCAGGGCGGCCAGGUGUUCAGCCUCGCCAACCACCUCAUUGGCCGUGUGGGCUUCGUGGCCACCAUGCCAAGCACAAGUGCCUCCAUCGUCAUCAACAACACCCAGCUGUCCGACACGGGGACCUACCAGUGCCUGGUCAACAACCUCCCCGACAGAGGAGGGCGCAACAUCGGCGUCAUCGGGCUCACCGUUUUGGUGCCCCCCUCCGUGCCGGCAUGUCGGAUCCAGGGCACGCUGGAUGUGGGCAACGACAUCAUGCUGCUCUGCAGCUCCGAGGAAGGUAUUCCCACGCCGUCCUACUCCUGGGAGAAGCUGGACGCUCUGCCCAAGCUGCCGCACAACGCCAUGCAAGACCAGAUGCAGGGUACUGUUACACUGAGAAACAUCAGCACGAGCACCACAGGACUCUACCAGUGUACCUCCAGCAACGCUAUUGGCAAAAGCACAUGUUUACUCAAUGUGCAGGUUGUCGCACCACAACCUCAGAGCAUCGGUCUGAUCGCCGGAAUCAUCGCCACGGGGAUCCUGGCCGUCGUCAUCUGCUCGCUGUUGGUGGUCGUCACUCUCUUUUACUGGAAGAACAAGAACAAGUAUGAUGAAGAGGAGAUUCCCAAUGAAAUUAGAGAAGAUGACCUUCCUCCCAAGAGGUCGUCCUCGGUGAAGGCUUUCCACGCCGACGCCUCCUCCUCAGAAAACGACACGCUGACGUCCACCAACACGUACAACAGCCGCUACUGGCACAACCCCAAACCGAACUAUGACACCAACUCCUACACGCGCUACAAUGGAGACACUCGGCAGACCUUCUCGGCCGCCGCUCACGGGGCGCACGGACACGGUCAGGCCCAGAACGCCACGCACGGCCACACGGCCGUCACGGCCGUCACGGCCCCGGGUUCGACCCCGCUGUCCCGUCACGCGCCGCCAACGACGACGACGACGACGGCGGCGAUAUCGUUCGCCAACGGCAGCCACACGCUCCCCCCGCCCAAGACUCUCGUGGUCACCACAAACUCCGCCCCGUCCCCCCCCGCCAUGGUGCGCAGCAACGGCUCCGUGAGCCUCAAGCCGGUGGUGACGUCCACGCACGGGCAGCACACGCACUCGUACGCCGUGAGCCAGGCCACGCUGGAACGGAUGGGGGCGGUGCCGGUCAUGGUGCCCGCCCAGAGCAGAGCGGGCUCGCUCGUUUGAAACCCGUCUCCACGAACUCGUCGCUUUGAGAACAAGACUCACAAAGUGUUUUGGUUGUGUGAAAUCCACGGACUGAAUAUGGGCUGAAGCAGCCCGCUGCCCUUUACAAUUGUGUCUUUCUGUAUGUCUCGACCUUUUUAUCACCAAACAAACUGGGACUUUACAGCGCAGAGUUCGUUCAAUGCCAAUUCUUGAUAGACAGAAACUUUUCAUUUUGUAGGCGAGCACUGAAUCCCAUCAUCCCCCGGUUGGGUGGGUUUUCCCAGGGUCAGGGAUAUCCCUCGCUGGAUGGCUUCAAAAGGAUGAAGCGAAUCAUCCCUCAGAACCUGGAUUCCCAGAGUAUUUUCAGGGCUGGAUCAAUGUGAUGAUUGUGUGUCUUUUUUUUUUUUUUAAUCACUGUGUUUCUGUUGGCGUUUUAAUUGGACUCAGAGCAACACGAGGCAUUGUCAUCGCAGUUGUGUCCACACUGCAUGGUCAGACAGAAACGAGCUUGGAUUCCCACAUAAGUGCAUGAGUCCCUUGAUUUAAGGCUAAGAAACGACGUCAGUUUUAUUUCUCACUACUUGUCCUCACACUGGUGAUACUCGAUUGACACUACUGAUCGCGAUGGCGCUGACUUGAAUGUUUCAGUUGGGAGCAACCAAAAAGAAUGAAAGUAUACGACUGAAAGGAUGAUGGAUGAUGAAAUGGCCUUAGAAGCUGAAGAGAGGCAGAGGCUUCACCGGGUGCAAUACAGUACUAAUAUACUUCACAGAUUUUAACAUUUUAAUUGUGUUUUUUUUGCACUUUUCAGAGCAAUUUUAUAUCAAAACUGCUGUCUUUUAAACUCAGUCUUACUAAUAACACGCUUCAACAGUCAAUGCAUAACCGGACUUUAUUACUCAUUCAGAAUAAUAUGUAAAGAUGGUACAAGUUUUCAGAAGACGACCUUAUUCCUGAUUUCAACCUGCAGGCAGAGGCCACAGCCUUUGCUUUUUUCCUCUUUAAUGUUUCGCUA